GUGAUUUUCCCUCCGUUUUGUUCUCCUAAUGGUGAGGAGUGUUGAGGUGAUUGAAACAGGCCUAACGGUUGAGUUUUUCUUAACAUCAGGAAUAGUUGUUUAUAUUGUAUGUGAGAAGAGAGGCAUAUGAGUGAUAUUGUUCAAUGCGUCUGUUCGUUCCUUCAGGUGCACGGAAGUGUUAUUGUGCUUUGUCGAUACAGAAUUAAUUCAUUGCUUCGCCUGCUAGAGUGAAGUUUCAAGAACUGCUCCACAAUGAUAGAGAAUAAUAUUCCAAAUGGAAAUGUUAAGGGAGCAGGAGAUUCUGCCACACAAGGCUCAAAAAAACUUACCAUUGAAAAAAUUUAUCAGAAGAAGAGUCAGUUGGAACACAUUUUAUUAAGGCCAGACACAUAUAUUGGUUCUGUGGAACCAGUUAAAGAAGAACAAUUUAUUUAUGAUGAAGAGAAACAACAAAUGAUUAAAAAAGAAAUAACCUAUGUACCUGGUUUAUACAAGAUAUUUGAUGAAAUUUUGGUAAAUGCUGCUGAUAAUAAACAGAGAGAUCCUUCUAUGAGCCAGAUAAGAAUUGACAUAGAUGUUAAUAAAUUGCAUACAAAUAUUACUUGUGAGUCAUUCUUUCUGUUUUGUUUUGUGGAUAGGGAGAAAAAUGUCAUAACCAUUUUUAACAAUGGCCAAGGAAUACCUGUUGUUAAGCAUAAAGAGGAAAAAAUGUAUGUUCCAACUAUGAUAUUUGGACACUUGUUAACAUCCUCAAACUACAAUGAUGAAGAACAGAAAGUUACAGGAGGAAGAAAUGGUUAUGGUGCUAAAUUGUGCAAUAUUUUUAGCACAAAAUUCACUGUAGAAACUGCCAGUUCAGAAUAUUCUAGAGCAUUUAAACAGACGUGGGAAAACAAUAUGUCAAUAGCAAAACCAGAGAAGAUCCAGGACUAUAUUGGUAAAGAUUACACAAAAAUUUCUUUUAGUCCUGAUCUUUCAAAAUUUAAGAUGGAGAAGUUAGAUCAAGAUAUUGUGGAUCUCAUGACUCGUAGAGCAUUUGACGUAGCAGCUUCUACUGCUGUUAAUGUAUUUCUCAACAAUAAAAAACUUUCUGUACAUAGUUUUAAGGAAUAUGUUAAUUUAUUUAUACCUAAAGACCUAGACAAUCCUCCGAAAGUUGUGUAUGAGAAAGUGAAUGACCGAUGGGAAGUAGCUGUUACUGUCUCAGAAGGUUUCCAACAGAUGUCCUUUGUCAACAGCAUUGCUACUACUAAGGGAGGUCGACAUGUUGAUCACGUGACGGAACAAAUUGUGAAGAAUAUUCUUGAUAAAGCAAACAAAAAGCACAAAGGAUCUGGAAUAAAACAAUUUCAAGUGAAAAAUCAUCUGUGGGUGUUCCUUAACUGUUUGAUUAUUAAUCCUACCUUUGACUCUCAAACCAAAGAGAACAUGACAACAAUGAUCAAAAACUUCGGUUCAAAGUGCCAGCUAAGUGAAGCCUUCUUCAAGAAUUUGAAUGUGAAAAAACUGGAAGAUGCAAAUCAUGCUGGGUCAAAGUAUUCCAUGGACUGCACACUAAUUUUAACUGAGGGAGACUCAGCCAAAACAUUGGCUGUUGCUGGAUUGGGUGUAGUGGGAAGAGAUAAAUAUGGAGUGUACCCUCUCAGGGGUAAACUUCUCAAUGUGCGAGAAGCCUCAUCCAAACAGAUUUUGGAGAAUAAAGAAAUCACUGAAGUGGUUAAAAUUCUUGGACUGCAAUACAAGAGGAAAUAUGAAAAUAUGGAUGAUUUGAAGACUCUGAGAUAUGGAAAAUUAAUGAUAAUGACAGAUCAGGAUCAGGAUGGAUCUCACAUCAAAGGUCUGAUUAUAAACUUCAUUCAUCAUAAUUGGCCCUCUUUGUUAAAAUUGCCUUUUUUGGAAGAAUUCAUUACACCUAUUGUCAAAGCAACUAAAAACAAAGAGCAGCUGUCUUUUUUUUCCUUGCCAGAAUUCGAAGAAUGGAAAAAAGAAACAAAUAAUUGGCAUACCUACAAGAUAAAGUACUACAAAGGUUUGGGCACAUCCACAUCGAAGGAAGCUCAGGAGUAUUUCUCUGACAUGCAACGACAUCGAAUUCGUUUCAAAUACAGUGGUCCUAAUGAUGAUACCAAUAUUACAAUGGUAAUCAGUGCUUUUAGCAAGAAGUGUGUAGAACAAAGGAAAGAAUGGUUAACUCAGUGGAUGGAGUCGGUGAAGCAGAGGCGUGAAAUGGGCUUACCUGAAGACUACUUGUAUGAAAAAAACACAAGUUUUGUGAAUUAUUCUGACUUUGUAAAUAAGGAAUUGGUACUGUUUUCAAAUUCUGAUAAUGAAAGAUCUAUACCAAAUGUGAUGGAUGGAAUGAAGCCAGGUCAAAGAAAAGUAUUGUUCACGUGCUUCAAAAGAAAAGACCCAGAAAUUAAGGUAGCCCAGCUGGCAGGAUCAGUUGCAGAAAAGUCUGCUUAUCACCAUGGUGAAGUUUCAUUGAUGGGCACAAUUGUGAACUUAGCUCAGAACUUCGUUGGCAGUAAUAAUAUCAAUCUUUUGCUACCAAUUGGUCAGUUUGGUACUAGACUUCAAGGAGGAAAAGAUCAAGCCAGCCCUCGUUACAUUUUUACCGCUCUGAGUCCACUGGCAAAAUAUAUCUUUCAUCCAGACGAUGAACCCUUGCUGACACCCCAGUAUGAUGACAAUUUAAAAAUUGAGCCAGUGUAUUAUGUACCAAUCAUCCCAAUGGUGCUCGUAAAUGGUGCUGAGGGAAUUGGAACUGGAUGGUCAACAAAAAUUCCUAAUUUUAAUCCAUAUGUCAUAAUUAAGAACAUUCAAAAAAUGUUGAAUGGAGAAGAACCUGACUCAAUGAUCCCUUGGUACAAGAACUUUCGGGGCACGAUUGAACCAUAUGGUGGUAGCCGCUAUGCUACUUUUGGGGAGCUGGCAACUCUGAGUGAGAACACUGUGGAAAUUUCAGAACUUCCUGUUGGUGUGUGGACUGAAAAUUACAAGAAUAAUGUGCUGGAUGUAAUGUGUGGAGAUGGAAAAACUCCUGGUGUAAUAACGGGCUAUAAUGACUAUAACACGGAUACUACUGUACGUUUUGUUGUUCAGUUACCUCCUGAGAAGCUGGUCAAAGCAGAAGACGAAGGCUUACAUAAGUUCUUCAAAUUGCAAAACACAAUGAGUACUGCAUCAAUGGUUGCAUUUGAUUCUGAUUGCUGUCUUCGCAGAUAUGAUACAGCUGCAGAAAUUUUAAAGGAACAUUUUAGAGUACGCUUGGAAUAUUAUGUAAAGCGAAAAGCUUAUUUGGAGGGCAAGUUGCAAGCUGAAAGUAGAAAAUUAAGCAAUCAAGCCAGGUUCAUCAUGGAAAAAUGCAAUGGUCAAUUGACAAUUGAAAACAAAAAAAGGAUAGUCAUGGUGCAAGAAUUGCAGAAGAAGGGGUAUGAUCCUGACCCAAUUCGUGCAUGGAAUCUUCUUCAAGACAAGGAAGGGACAUUGGCUGAAGAAAGUCAAUCCUUGGGUACUGCAGAAGAAGACAGUGAAGCUGAAGAAUCAGAAGCGGAAUCAAAACGAAAGUUUGAUUAUUUAUUGGGAAUGCAAAUGUGGUCUCUGACCCUGGAAAGGAAAAAUCAACUUUUAAAACAACGUGAUGAAAGACUGCAAGAAUAUGAACAUCUAAGAAAGAAAAGUCCGGAGAGUAUGUGGCGUGAAGAUUUGGAUGCUUUACUGGCAAAGUUGAAGGAAGUAGAAGAGGAAGAAAAAAAGAGCGCAGAAAUGGUACCAAGCAAAGGAAAGAAAGCUGGUGGCGGAAAAGGACCUCGGUCUUUGCCUUUGGAAACAAAACCUUCUGCUCAUGGUUCACGUGUUGCUCCAAAAUUUGAUAAUGAAAUGCUGAAGAAGUUAGAAAAAAUAGACAAGCCAAAAGGGAAAAGGGUAAAGAAGGCUGAUGCUUCUGCGACUGCUGAAGAUCAAGAUGAAUUUGAUGAUUUAAUUGAUAAACCUACAAAAUCACUUAAAGACAGACUUGGCAAUUCUCCUGAAGAAAUUGAGAAGAAGUUGCAGGCAAAAAGGAAAACAUCAAAGGUGAAAUAUCACUUUUCUGAUGAAUCGGAAGCAGAGUGGAAUGAUGACGAUGAUAGUGCACCUGUCUCAAAAUCUUCUGCUACUGCUCCUGCUAAGCCAUCUGCUCCUGUUGAAGACAAAACAGAGGAAUCAAUAGUUAUCAGUGGGACAGACAGUGAAUUUGAGCCUGAAAGUACAGAGCCUAGAAAUUCUGGCGGAUCAGAUGCUAUGUUUGAUAGUCUUCUUGCCGCAGAAAAUACAGACAUUGUUGAAAAGGCAAAACCUGCAAAUGACCCCUCCUCAAAGAAGAAAGCUCCUGCGAAGAAAGCACCUGCUGUUAAGAAACCUGCUGCAAAGCGGCCAAAGAAGAAAGAUGAUUCUGAUUCUGAUGAAUUUUCCGAAAAGUUUUCCAAAAAGGGAAGAAAGAAGGCAGAUUCAGAUGAUGAUUUUGAUAUUGGAUCCGUAGAACCUAAACCAUCUAGUGGUAGAAAAAGGACUGCUGCCAAAUACAUUAUAGACAGUGACGAUGAUUUUGACGAUUUUGAUUGAACAAGCUGAUGUGUUCAUAUAAUGAAUAUCUAAUUACUUCAAGUAACAAUUUCUUGAACUCCUUUGUUGCUUUAGUUUAAACAAGUGGAAUGAGUGGAAUGUGAAUGCAAGUGUGGAUUAUUAGGUUUUAAGAACUGUGGGAGAGGUCUUGUAAUUUUACCCAGUCCAUAGUGACGCAAGACAUACAUAACAAUGGACUGGGGAACAAAUGUAAACUUAAAAUUUUAUUCCAAAAUGUUCAGAACAAUUUUAUCUUGUGUUGUUCGUUUGUUUUUUGUAAUGUAUGUGUAUGUCUUAAUGUAAUGAUCAUUUUAAAGGUAGCCUCUUUAUGGAAGAACUUUAAAUGUAAAAUUCCUUUUUAUAGAACAAUAAAAUUACUUAACUUUAUAGGCUGUUUUAAACAUCAAAAUUUCUCGAAUUCACUGGCCGCUAAAUCCCUUUAACGGCGCCACACAGAGCACAUGAGCGCAACGCCGUUCGUU